AACUAGCAUGCCCAUCUUCUUAUUUCGUCUAAAUUCAAACCAUCAGCAUUUCCUUAAACCACUCUCAGCUACCAUCGGCAGUAACACUGCUUUCUUCUCUACUGCACCACCACCAACCACUAUACCUCUCAUCACAACCACACUCCUGAAACAAUGCAAGUCCCUAAUUCAUGCCAAGACCAUCCAUCAACAAAUCCUAGUCCAAGGCCUCACAAACUAUAUCACUCACCUUAUUGGAACUUAUAUUGCUGCCAAUGCUCCACAACAUGCCAUGUCAUUGCUCGAAAGCCUCCAGCCAUCUCCACCCACUGUGUUCUGGUGGAAUGCGUUGAUGAGGCAAGCUGUGCGUUCUGGGUUGCUUAAGGAAGUGCUCAAUCUCUACCACCGGAUGUUGGUACUUGGGUGGAAGCCUGAUCACUACACCUUCCCUUUUGUUCUCAAAGCUUGCGGUGAGCUUCCCUCGUUUCGACGAGGCACGUCGUUCCAUGGUGUUGUAUGUUCAAAUGGGUACGAGGAGAAUGUGUUUGUUUGCAAUGCAAUUGUCACAAUGUAUGGUCGAUGUGGUGCGUUGGAUGAUGCACGCAAAAUGUUUGAGGAAUCGUUUAAAAGAGGGAUAAGUGAUGUUGUUUCAUGGAACUCCAUCGUGGCUGCUUAUGUCCAGAAUGGUGAUUCCAAGAAUGCACUUGAAAUGUUUGGUCAAAUGACCAAGGACCUUAGUAUAUGUCCGGAUGCUGUUAGUCUCGUGAAUGUCCUUCCUGCUUGUGGUGCUACGGGCAUGUGGAAGUGGGGUAAGCAGAUUCAUGGCUUUUCUGUUCGAAGUGGAUUGUUUGAAGAUGUGUUUGUGGGUAAUGCUGUGGUGGACAUGUAUGCUAAGUGUGGGAUGAUGGAUGAUGCAAGCAAGGUUUUUGAGCGCAUGAAAGUUAAGGAUGUAGUAUCUUGGAAUGCCAUGGUUACUGGGUUUUCUCAAAUUGGCAGAUUUGAGGAUGUUUUUGAUUUGUAUAAAAGGAUGCAGGUUGAGAUGAUUGAACUGAAUGUUGUGACUUGGAGUGCUGUAAUUGCAGGGUAUGCUCAAAGGGCAUAUGGUUAUGAAGCGUUGAAUGUGUUUCGUAAAAUGCAGGCUGGUGCAUCCAAGCCUAAUGUUGUCACCCUUGUGUCUCUUCUUUCAGGUUGUGCGUCUGUUGGAGCAUUGCUUAAUGGAAAAGAGACCCAUUGUUAUGCCAUAAAAUCAAUCUUGAACCUGGAUGGGGGAGAUCCAGGGGAGAACCUAAUGGUGAUUAAUGGUCUAAUUGAUAUGUAUGCUAAAUGUAAAGGUAUUGAAGUUGCAAGGAAGAUGUUUGAUUUAGUAGCUCUGAAGGAGAGGAAUGUGGUGACUUGGACAGUCAUGAUUGGUGGAUAUGCUCAGCAUGGGGAAGCCAAUGACGCACUAGAACUUUUCUCCCAGAUGGUUUCACACUACACAAAGCCAAAUGCUUUUACUAUAUCUUGUGCCCUGAUAGCAUGUGCUCGUUUGGCUGCACUAAGGUUUGGUAAACAAAUUCAUGCAUAUGUAAUGCGCAACCAUUAUGAUUCCACGAUGCUUUUUGUGUCUAAUUGCUUUAUUGAUAUGUACACCAAAUCUGGAGACAUUGAUGCUGCUCGACUUGUGUUUGAUAGCAUGGAACAGCGAAAUGCUGUAUCUUGGACAUCUUUAAUGACUGGUUAUGGAAUGCAUGGCCGUGGAAAAGAAGCUAUUCAGGUUUUUGAUGAGAUGAGAAAGGUGGGUUUUGUGCCUGAUGGUAUAACCUUUGUCGUUGUCCUUUAUGCUUGCAGCCAUUCUGGAAUGAUUGAUGAAGGAAUGAAAUACUUUAAUGGCAUGAGUACCGAUUAUGGAGUUCCUCCUGGGGUGGAACACUAUGCUUGCAUGGUUGACCUCCUGGGUCGUGCUGGUCGCCUGGGUGAAGCCUUGAAUUUGAUUAAAGGCAUGCCUGUGGAACCAACUCCAAUAAUCUGGUUUGCACUACUUAGUGCUUGCAGGACCCAUGCAAACAUUGAACUUGGUGAAUUUGCUGCAAAUAAAUUGUUAGAGUCGGAGUCGGUGAAUGAUGGAUCAUAUACACUGCUAUCAAACAUAUAUGCCAAUGCUAGACGUUGGAAAGAUGUGGCCAGGAUUAGAUCUUUAAUGAAACAUACAGGGAUCAAGAAGAGACCUGGUUGCAGUUGGGUGCAAGAUAAAAAAGGCACAGUAAGCUUUUUCGUAGGCGAUAGGAGGCAUCCUCAGUCUCAACAAAUAUAUGAAUUACUUGCUAAGUUGAUCGAACGCAUCAAAGCCAUUGGGUAUGUUCCUGAGACAAAAUUUGCACUCCAUGAUGUGGAUGAUGAGGAGAAAGGUGAUCUUCUUUAUGAACAUAGUGAAAAGUUGGCUCUUGCCUAUUGCAUCCUAACAUCUCCUCCAGGUGUACCAAUCCGGAUCACCAAGAACUUGCGUGUCUGCGGCGAUUGCCACAGUGCCAUCACCUACAUAUCCAUGAUUAUUGAAAAUGAAAUCAUCUUGAGAGACUCUAGUCGCUUCCAUCAUUUUAAGAAUGGAUCUUGCUCAUGCCGAGGCUAUUGGUAAUAUCAUGUAAUUAUUCAACAUAAUUUAUAUUGAGAAUCUGUAACAUAACAAUUUUAGCUCUUCAGAAAAUUUGACAAAACAUUUUGGGAACAAUGCAUUUGGUUUUAUCAUUAUUUUAUCUUUACUUUUGAUCUCCAUCCCUCUUAAUUUGUGUGUCUAUUCCUUCAUACCCAAUCUUUGAAGAAUUUGAGAUGCAAUAGGUAUUUUUAAGAGAUAAAAUUUAGAGAUAAAUUUUAUUAUAAUUUAAAGAAAAUUUUUCACUUUAAAUGUGUUAAAUAAAACCUUAUUCGUAAUUAGUCUACUUUCUAAAGGUUCAAAAUUUUGAGUAUUCUGAAUAAAAUUUUAAAUUUUCUGAUCAAACAUUGAAAACGGUGGCAACUUAGCUAGCUGAUAUACUGGUUUAUUUGUUUGAGUCUCAAGUUCAAGUGUAUAAUCAAAUUCUGCAUUUGCAAUUUCCAUGGGAGCUAAUAAGUUAUUUGCACAAAACAUGAGACUGGAAGUGGGUUCAAUCUCUCUCCUAUAGUUGGGGGAACUGCUUACUAGGUACAAAGACAAUAUUCACUAUCUUUUGCACAUGAUAGUGGCAGCCUUCAGAUAUACUCCAAUGUCCCUGUGGGAGUUGAUGCUGUUCCUAAUAUGACUGCUGAGAAAGUUAAAAAGUUGAAUUCUGGUAUCCUUAGCAAUAAGGUUUAUGCUUGUCUCAACCCAGAAUUUCCACUAUAAUUUUUAUAAGAAGACAGUCUGUGCAUUAGCCUUACAGCAGAUGUGAAAUUGGGUGGUGAUGCCAUUAGAAAUGGUGAUUCUGAAGGAGCUGAGCAGAGCUUGGCAUCUGAGGGUGGCAUUUUAGAAAGCGCCAAUCCAUCAAGAUUUAAGGACGUGUUUAUUGUUAUGCUGACUAUCUGGCUUACAUGGAAUGGAUAUGGAAAAUACAUUCUGUUGGUCCUGCUGUCGUAUUAUUUAAUAGAACUUGUCUUCUCCCAAUGAAGCAGCUUGGCUAUAUCUUCGAGGUUUGCUUCAGGUUCCGUUUCCAAAGCAAACAAUGUUAGCUACGGAUGAUGCUGUAGAGAAUGCAGUAUCUGCUGGCUGUGGCGUCUGAUUCAGCUGGUGGAAAUGCUCAAGUCAUGAUUGAAGAAGAUUCUAUUACUUCACCCAUGUAAUACUGUUGUGAUGGUUGCUCAUUGCUCUGCUGUUUCUAUACCCAGAAGGUGAUGGCAUUGUACUGUUUGUCCUAAUUUUGAUUUAUGUAAGGCAUGCUACGUAGUGCUGGAAGCAGACAGGCUUCGUCCACCAUGCUCGAGAGAUUAUCCUUUUGAGAGCAGUUACAAUUGAAAAUUGAAAUAGAAUAAUUAGAAGGAGAUGGCAAUGAGUUUCACUUCACACCCGAUUAUGCAAAAUGAUUCAAGCAUGUUUCCUGCCAUGUUUGAUUAUAUGGUCCAAAAUUCAGCUCCAUCAAUUCACAUCCUAGACACAAUGUAUCCGGAGAGUUUUCUGGCUCGGCAAAUGACACUUCCAGUUUCUGCUUCAGAACAGCAGAUUCCUUACCUCAAACCCAGGACCAGGAAAGGAUUUUAAAGAGAGGAUUUUUCCAAUUUUAAGCGAAGUAGGAAGUACAUCCUUACAUAUAAAACAUCAGAAAGCCAAGGAGGGCCUUCUUCAACCCAAAUUAAUAUAUUUUGGCAACGUAGAGCAAACUUGGCUAACUGGUCGGCCGAGCCAUUGGCUUCUCUUGGACAGUGAACAGGAGUAACCAUCAAGAACAAAGCAAGCAAAUGCUGAAGAUCUUCAAUUUGGAAACAACCCUCGAUAAGUGCAAUUGUAGUUUGA